GUGUGAAGUACGCGAGCUGCUGCACUCAUACUAACCGCGUAAUCGCCCUUUUCGUUGUCGAAUCGACCAGUCCCGUUCCAGCUUCUCGACCGGCUGCAUCCUUCAGCUUCGUCUGUUCGGUACGUUGGGAAGGUGGCAGGCCAACCACAGUUUCACCAUUGUCGCCGUUGCAGCAUCCACCAACGAAUCGCGCAUGAACGCAGUAUCGUGUAUCGUAACGUUACAAAAUCAAAGGCUGAAGCUACUGCUUGAGUUAGCUCGUUGCCAUUAGUGACGGAAGAGGAAAAAUAGAGACCGAUCCCUCAGGUGUAUAGCUUUUCGUCAGCCUCAACCAUAUCCUUGGACGGACGGUGGGUCACAAUCCAGUUGAACGGUGAAGGGUAGGUGGACGCAAAAAAAAAAAAAUAAAACACCUUAUCGACAAUGAAUAUAUGCGUCGUCGGGGCCGGUGUCGUCGGUUUGACGACCGGACUGGAGCUACAGCGCGAGAUGCGGAACGCCAAUGUCACCAUACUCUCGGACCGGUUCGAGCAGGACACGUGCAGCGACGUUGCGGCUGGCCUAUUUCGCCCCGGAACCAGCUUUUCCGGCCCGACCGAGGAAAUAACCAGGAAAUGGAUUUCAGACGCGUACAGCCACUGGGACGAACUGCGCCGGACGGAACAUUCAGCCCGGGCCGGUGUGUGCCAGAUGUCGGGGUACAUUUUUUCCAGCCGAGAUCCGGCCAUUGUACGGAAUCACUACAUCGAGAAGGUCCUGCCUGUGUACCGUGCCGCGACCGAGCAGGAGCUUACCAUCUGUCCGGGCGAAUGGAAGUAUGGGUCGUUUUUCACCACCAUCCUUGCCGAGUGUCGGCUGUUUCAGCCGUGGGCCACAGAAAGGUUUCUUGACAAUGGCGGACAGAUUGUUACCGUGGCGCUGAACAACUUGCAGGAGCUGCGCGGCAAGUACGACGUGGUCGUGAACUGUACCGGUCUGGGGGCGAAGCGGCUGUGCAACGACCAUAAGCUGGUGCCGAUCCGCGGUCAGGUCAUCAAGGUGCGGGCCUCCUGGGUGAAGACGGCGUUCUAUGCGGACUUCGACACGUACGUCAUACCGGGCUUUGAGGGCGUAACGCUCGGGGGCUGCCGCAACUUCGACAGCUACAAUACGGACGUUUCGCGGCACGAUUCGGCCGCCAUCCGCGAACGAUGCGAGUCGCUGCUGCCGAGCCUGAAGGGUGCGCCGGUGCUGCGGGAAUCGGUCGGGCUGCGGCCGCACCGCGAUCCGGUACGCGUGGAGCUGGAGCUGCUGCCGACGGCAAAUGGCAGUGUGCGCGUAGUGCAUAACUACGGCCAUGGGGGCUAUGGUGUGACGACGGCACCGGGGACGGCCAAGCACGCGGUGAAGCUGGUAAAGGAAGCACUGCAAACCAAUAGCAAACUGUAGGGGAAAGGGAGUUUAAAGGCGAGGGCAUUGGGGUGAAAUGGGGUGCAUUGUAAUCAUUGCAACCAAAAAGAACUGAAAGAAAUUCGCAUGAAAAAUGUAUCGUUUUGAGCAAAGUGUAAGAGAAAUAAGGAAGAAAUUUUAACCAUUUUUACUCCAAAAGAUUUUAUUCAAUUGUUUCGUUAGUAAUUGAGAAUUUAUACCUUCACUUUCGUUUGAUAAUACGAAAUUAUAACCUCCACUUUGAAAAUACUUAUUAACGAUCGAUUCGAUGGUACCGUGGUAAUUCCUGUAAUUUCCCAAAAAUGACGACACAGAAAAGGUUUUGUGUGGUCAGCGUCUACCACUGAUCGGGCCGAGCGCACCCGAAGGAUUCCGAUCGGGGCUAAGCGAAAGAUAAAAGUUCACUCUUUCAACGAAGCCUACGAUAAGGAACAGUUUGUAGCGUCAUAAAAUAAUAAAAACGACUGCUUAAAAAACA